UUUUGGGGUGUGUGUGUGUGCGCGGGGCGGUAGCUUAUCCUGGCACGAGGCGUCUAGCGACAGCGGCCAGCUGUCCCGCUCGUCUCUUCUCCUCCUCACACCUCCGUGUCCGACGGUCCCCACUUCAGUCUCUCUCGUAUUUACGUCCUGCCGAGUGACUCAGUGGACUGUGACAAGGACUGCCUGAGAGCAAGACUUAGGUUAUAGUCCACACUGGGGCAGCAACUUUCGCCUCGGCCGCCAUCACAGCUUAAGAUGGACGCCGAGCCUGAAGAAUACCAGAGCUCUGGCUCCAUGGAGCUGGAGGAUCUGUACAAGAAGUACUGCGUGCGGCUUAAACACGCCCUAUUCCACUCGUUCCUGCUUAUAGUCGCCAUCAGCUCCACGGCGGUGCUGGUGGUGCAAUGUGCCCUCGCUCAGGAGGUGACGCUGGUGCCGGUGAUGGCGCUGUCUGGCGUGGCGCUGGUGGCGGGCGCGCUGCUGGCGGCCACCAUGUGCCCCUGGUUCCGGCAGUCGGCGCGCGCCUCGCUGGCCGCCUCGCUGCUGCUGGCGGCCGCCGCGGGCGCUGCGGUGCUGGCGCUGGGCUGGCCCUCACCGCCCCUGGCGCUGUUCGGCCUGGUGCUGGCGGCGCACACCAUGCUGCCCGUGUCGGGGGCCGUGUCGGCGCUGCUGGCGGCGCUGCUCACCGCGGCGCACCUGCUGCUCGCCGCCUUGCUGCGCGACCAGCGCCUGGGGGACGUGGACGUCUCCUGCCGGCUGGCCGCGGAGGGCGUUUUCCUGCUGUGCGCGACCGGCGCCGGCCUCUACUACCGCCGCAUGACGGAGGCGGCGCACCGACACACCUUCGCGGGCACCAGGACGUGCAUCGAGUCGCGCGUCAAGCUCGAGUGCGAGAAGGAGCAGCAGGAGCAGCUGCUGCUCAGCGUCAUCCCGGCCUACAUCGCGGCCGAGGUGAAGAGGAGCAUCAUGCUGAAGAUGGCGGACGCGUGCCAGGAGAUGUCCAGCAAGCAGACCCGCUUCCACGAGAUGUACGUGCAGAGGCACAACAACGUGAGCAUCCUGUACGCGGACAUCGUGAACUUCACGCCGCUGUCGGAGCAGCUGAGCGCCUCGGACCUCGUGAAGACCCUGAACGAGCUGUUCGGGCGGUUCGACCAGCUGGCGCAGGACAACCAGUGCAUGCGGAUAAAGAUCCUGGGGGACUGCUACUACUGCGUCUCGGGCCUGCCCGUGUCCCGGCCGAACCACGCCUACAACUGCGUCUGCAUGGGUCUGCAGAUGAUCGAGGCCAUCAGGUUCGUGCGCGAGGCGACGGGCUUCAACGUGGACAUGCGGAUCGGCAUCCACACGGGCAACGUGCUGUGCGGCGUGCUGGGGCUGCGCAAGUGGCAGUUCGACGUGUGGAGCGACGACGUCACGCUGGCCAACCACAUGGAGUCGGGCGGCCUGCCGGGGAGGGUGCACAUCACCAAGGCCACUCUGCUGCAGCUGAACGACAGGUUCCAGGUGGAGCCGGGUGACGGCGGCUCCAGGGAGAGCUACCUCGCCGACCACAAGGUGGAGACCUUCCUCAUAGUCCCUCCCAAGAGGGCGACCCCCGAGGUGGAGACGGGCGCCAAGGCGGACCUUAGGAGGAACUCGAGCGUGCUGUGGGCGGAGGGCGCGGCGGGCGGGAUGCGCAACCGCUCCCCCAGCAAGAUGACCAAGUACGUGGAGUGCUGGGGCGCCGACAAGCCCUUCGCCAACAUCACCGAGAGCACGCUCGCCAAGAACAUCGGCCUGACGAGUAUCUCGAUGAUCGAGACCAACCUCCUGCCGAGUGACAACGCGUUUCUGGAGUGCAGGGGCCGGCGGCGCUCGGAGGAGCUGAACCCGGUGUCGCUGUGGUUCCGCAAGAGGCAGCAGGAGGCGGACUACCGCGACCAGCCCGACCCGCACUUCCGGCGCUACAUGAGCUGCGCCUUCGUGCUGUUCCUGUGCGUGGCGACCAUCCAGGCGCUCACGCUGCCCAAGACCGUGGUGCUGUGCGGCUCGCUGGGCUCGGCCGGCCUGGCUCUGCUGCUGCUGCUGUACCUCUGCUGGCUGGAGGGACUGCACUCGGACACCUCGCCCUGCGCCAGCCACGCCGUCAGCUCCAGCCGCUGGCUGCGGCUCAGCGUCUUCCUUCUGACGGCGUGCCUCGUGGCCAGCUGCUCCGUCAUCACGCUGCUCGAUGCCACGCCCCCAGAGUCGAUGAAGGUGAUGACAUCGACGACCUUCGAAGACAGUGGUUUCAAGAGCAACGAGACGGAAAUCCUCAUCAACACAGACUACAUUGACGCAGCGCCGACGUACCUGUACUGCACGGUGCUGAGCCUGGUCACGGUGUCUGUGUUCCUGCGCGCGGGCUUCCUGCUCAAGCUGUGCCUGAUGGCGGUCUGCGGCGCGGCGCACGUGUCCCUGUACGCCAGCAUGCACGUGUUCCACGCCUACUUCAGGACGCACGGCGACUGGUUCGAGUACCUGCCGGCGGGCGUGAAGCUGGCGGCGCCGCUGCUGGCUGUGGCAGUCGUGCUGCACGUGCUGGACCGACAGAUAGAGUUCACGUCGCGCGCCGACUUCCUGUGGAAGGCCAAGCUGAAGGUGGAGCAGGAGGACGUGGAGACGAUGCGCGGCAUCAACAAGAUCCUGCUGGAGAACAUCCUGCCGGCGCACGUGGCCGAGCACUUCCUGGACAACCGCAACACGCAGGAGCUGUACCACGAGCGGUACAACUGCAUCGCUGUCAUGUUCGCCUCCAUCCCCAACUACAAGGAGUUCUACGACGAGACGGACGUCAACAAGCAAGGUCUGGAGUGCUUGCGGCUGCUCAACGAGAUCAUCUGCGACUUCGACAAGCUCUUGCUGAAGCCGAAGUUCAGUUCCAUUGAGAAGAUAAAGACGAUCGGAAGCACCUACAUGUUGGCAUCUGGUCUCUGCCCUGGUAAAGAAGGCAAGGGACAGAACGCCAGCAAGCAGCAGGACCACAACGUCCUUGUGCUGGUGGACUUCGCCGUCGCCCUCAUGACCAUCCUGGACCAGAUCAACAGGGAGUCGUUCCAGAGGUUCAAGCUGCGCAUGGGCCUGAACCACGGACCUGUGAUCGCGGGCGUGGUGGGAGCGCAGAAGCCCCAGUACGACAUCUGGGGCAACACCGUCAAUGUGGCUUCCCGCAUGGACAGCUGCGGCAUCAUGGGUCGCUUGCAGGUGACGGAAGACACCGCCAAGAUCCUGAUGGCGGCGGGCUACGAGUGCGAGUGCCGCGGCCCCACCUACGUGAAGGGCAAGGGCAAGCUCACCACGUACUUCGUCAAGACGCCGUUCGACGACAAGUGAGGCCAGGGCAGCGGGCGAACACGGCGCGCCUGCCGGGAGAACAGAGGCCCCAGUUCGUGCGCUCCGCUGGGGCGUCGGUGCGUGCGAGAACCUUCUCGACGAUUCUCUCAGAGACCAGCACCAAGUUUCAAUGCAGUAGAGGCUGAUGCCUGGUUCAUAAACUGAGCAAAUAUGCCAGAACGCAGUGUGUUCACCAACCUCUUUAUAGAGUAGUGGUCUAUAAAUUAUGCAAGGCGUAAAACGUAAAUGCAAUGUUCAACUUCAACUUAUUGCAUUUUGGCUUGCAUUUCCGAGGGCCACGUUUUUAGGAGAAUUUUUCCCAAAAACUUUUGAAAAGGCAGAUGUAAUGUGCAGAGAGGCUUAUGAUUUACCUUUAAUAAAUACAGUGAAAAAAAAAUAACACUUUUAAAUCAAAGUACUACCAGUUCCUAUUUUUUUAAUGAUAAAUAUGAUUUAUUAACAGAAGCCCGAAGCAUAAAUUAUGUUCUCUAAUGUUUUACUAUUACAAGUUAUAGGGCUGGUGGCGUCUUGCGAAUUGCAUGCUUUAUAAAAAAUGACUGUGAUUUUUUUGUGUUGAUAGCAUGUUGUGUUCCUUGCGUAGUUUAUGAACCUGGCUUAAUACCGGACAGCUAUACUAACAACACACACGAUAGUGUGGAUGGAUGACCUAGUGGCAAGAGGUGUGACUACAGAAACAUUUUAUUGAUAAAUUAUUAAACUAUAUACAGAAAAACCUCGAUUAACUGUCACCAUCUGGAACAGGGCUGUGACCGAUAAAUAAAUAGACGGAUAACAGAAAUAUUUUAAUACAUAUUUACAGGAAAGUGAUUUCACUGCAAGCUUGGAACAAAAUUAAAAUAAAAUUCUAAAAUCAAACAAUACAUAUCUACAUAUUCCACCAUCGUACAGUACAGUCACUUUAAGCUUUAUGCUUAUGCAGUAGGGUGUAAAAGUAAUCUGUGAAAUAUUUUAAAGAUGUCUGUUUCUUUGGUGAUACCCACAAUUUUUUUUAGACAAUGAAGAAUAACAGAAAUAACUGUUAAAUGAGUGAUGAUCAGGGCCGGCGCGUCCAUAUAGGCGAACCAGGCAACCGCCUAGGGCGCCAAGUAGCUGGGGGCGGCGCAGCACGACACAUAACAGCUGAUAUAAUAUGUUUAACGAUUAUUUAAACUAGAUGAAAAUUGAUUUUUGUAACAGUUUGGAAUGUUUAUAUUUAUAUAAGUAAUUAUUUAAAAUCCACGGUGACCUGUUUAUGAUUUGUAAUAAGUAAAAAAUAAAAAAACACAAGCCUGCUUACAUUUGAUUGUUGACAAAAUAUUAGGCUUACGUGAUGUAUUUUGAGGCCAGGACAAUUUUUAUGGGGUGACCGGCCGGGGGGGGGGGGGGGGGCAUUAAGGUUUUUCGCCUAGGGCGCCAAUUUACCUUGCACCGGCCCUGGUGAUGGUUAAUCGAAGUUUUACUGUGGGUCCAAAUGAUUAACUUCUUUUUAAGAAAAUUGAAGCACUUCAGGUUUAUUUUUCCCCAUAAAAAUGUAUUAUGAUUACAAUAAGUAUUUCUAAGAGAAAUGGAAAUUAUUUUGCUGUCAUAAUGUUGGCACCAUGUGUAUUAAACAUAUAUAUUGUUCGUACUGGGCAUACUGUCUGUCAUCUAUCAGUAAAAUGUGACAAGAAUGUCAGAUUUUCACACAAAAAUUUUGCAGCUGCCCGGUAUUAGUUUCAAGUGUAUUUGACCAAACUAACAAAGAGCAGUGAGCAUCAUGAGUCGUGUGUGCGUACACAGAACAGAUGUGAAGGACAGUUCCGAAAAGUGUUGGGGCUCAAUUUAUCAGAGUUUAUGAAUGUUAAAUAUAUGAACUUAGAAUCACAAGAUUGUAAUAAGUGUGUCACAACUGAGCCAAAUUAUUUGAUCAACUCAUUUAGAGACCGUGUGUAUGUAUUACAAUAACAAGUUUAUUUUUUUUUUUUACAAAUGUUGGGUUCUCAAAAUUUUACAUGCCAAUGUUAAUGGUAAUCACACAAAAAUUGGCUGCAUAUUUAACAAAUUGUUCAAAUGUUAUCAUCGCCAUUUAAUUUUUCUUAUACUGUAACAAGUUUGUCAAGUUUUUAUCUAAUGUUUAAAAUACCAAAAUUGGUACAGUAUCUGUCAAUGAAAUUGCAAGCUUUCGUACCCAUUGCUCUGUAGUCUUAGCUUUAGAGGUUUGGCCUCAAAAGCUAGAAUGGCCUAUAUUAUUGGUCAAGGUAAAACUACAGUUGUCUGGGAAAUAAAAUAAAAAAUAUUAAAUGUAGGAA